CAACACAUUUCACUGAUAUCACCCGUACGAAACGCAUCUACGUCGAUAUGAAAUACUUCAUCGUAUUCGUACUGGCGUCAGCCACAGCGGCUCGCCUGGACAACGUCUACCUACCAGCCAGCUCCGGAUCCUCGGGCGGGUCAAACGCUGGUCUCCAGACACCCUUCGAGUCAGGAUCCGGUACUGAAAACUUUGGAAGUGGCGGCCAAAAUUUUGGAUCCGCCAGUCAGAUAAAUCAAGCCACAAUUUUGAAGUAUGAUAAUCAAAUCGAUGAGCAGGGCUACCAUUACUCCUAUGAAACCAGCGACGGAACUAAAGUGGAACAGGAUGGACGUGUUAUUCCCGGUGCAGUUCCAGAAGAGGGCUCCCUACAGGUAGCAGGCUCCUAUUCGUACAUAGGUGAUGAUGGCCAGACCUACACCGUUACCUACACAGCUGACGAGAACGGCUUCCGGGCAGAGGGCGCCCACUUGCCUACUCCACCACCGAUCCCUGAAGCUAUCUUAAGGAGUUUGCAACUGACAGCUGGAUCUCAAGGACUCUACGACAGAAAAAUAAAUAGUUACGACGCUGACGCCGGCUACUGAAGACCAAUAGUUGCACAACGAUUAUUUUAAGCUAUAGUCACUGCCACCUGUGUACAGGAAAUAAUAAUUUAAUAUUAUUUUAUUUUUGUACAUUAUUAUAAAAUAGUUUGUUAAAGUAGGCAUCUGAAAAAUUUGCAUAGUACCGUUUCAUUUGAAAUAUAAUAUUCUUACUACACUAUUCAUUACAAUCCAUAGUAUAUUUAAUUAUCAUUUUUUGUAUGGUCUUUAAAUUUUGCAAUCAAAUAUUAAGCGCCUGUAAAAAAUGUUGUAGCAAUAUUUUCUAACUGCAGCUUUGACAAUAAGAAACUUAUAAGGAGUUUACAAAUCAUUUUAAAUUAAUUUUUACUAUUAAUUUGGAUAAUGAACUCUAGUGCCAUAAAAAAUAUUUUCUGUAUCAAAUAAUACAUGUAAUUCAUACCACAUUAAUUAUGUAAAGUUGGCGCUGCUUCAUUUGCAUUUUGUGUUAAAUAAUCAUUUAAUACUUUCAUUGCUUCAUUUUACUUAAACAAUCUUAGGCUUCGAUAAUUUUUUUUUUUUAUUGACACUUAUAAAUAAUAUAUAUAUUUAUUUCGAUUUAUAAUUAUAUUAUAUCAAAAUGUCACGGUACUAUGUAUUUAUAUCGGGUGAUCUGAAAGAAUGUUUGGACA